UAUCCAGUCACUUCUCAGACUGAACAGUUGUGUUUCUGUUUCCACCGUCUGCGUCAGUCGGGAAGGGCGAUGAAGGGAAGAACACAGCUGCUGCUCCUGGCAGCAUUGGUGCUCCAGUCCAGAUGUCAGCAAACGCCAAAAGUCAGUCUGUCGCCUACAUUUACCAAGAUCUACUCUGGUGACACUUUUUAUCUGAGAUGUGGGGGCGCAAGUCAGAGCGGAGUGAAGUGGUACUUGAAUGACACAGAACAGAUGCAGACGAAUGAAACCUGGAAGAUUGCGGUUGCUACCCCAGGACACUCCGGCUCUUAUCGAUGUGAAAGCAACACGCAAAAUAGUGACACAAUCACUAUUAACGUCCAUGGAUACGCUCCCAGUGCUUCACUCAUUAUCAAGACAGGCCAACCGGUGAUGCGGGUCGGGGGGUCAGUCACCCUGCAGCUCGACAAUGAAGACGGUCUGAGGGGAUGGCACUGUGAGAUCUACAGGGGAGAUAGGACAAAGUAUAUCAAGCUGAAGUUGCAGGAGGACAGUGUUAGUCUGGACUUUCAAACUUAUCAACUAACUGUUCCUGAGACUAUUUUCUGGUGUACGGAUGGAAAUCAACACAGGAGCAACCAAAUCACAGUCCGUACCUCAGAGAAAAAGGUAUCACUGGAAAUGUACCCUCUGCCGGCUGUAGUCGGGGAGAGUCUGACUCUGAGGUGCCUUGUUUGGGGCACGGAUCAGAUCAGCCAGACUGCUUUCUACAAAGACGGUGUGAUGUUAGUGCAACGUGCCGAUCCAACCUACACAAUCCCCAAUGUGGCAGAAUCUGCGAUGGGAAGAUAUAAGUGCAUGUCCAGCUUCACGUACAAAGACCGCACUGCCGGGCCUCCCUACAGUGAGAGCUCUGAUGAUCAAGAUGUGCUUGUCCUAGUCCCUCCUAUGAAAGCCUUCCUCUCUGCAAACGUUGGCAUGUCAUGCUCUUGUCCACUUUGCCCCAGUGAAAGCUCCUAUAACUGGUACCAUAAGAGCGAUGAUAAGCCAUGGACACGAGUGUAUUCUGGCCAAGGAUUCAUGAUGCCAAAAGAUAGUGGUACCUAUGCAUGUAGAGCUGUGUGGAGCACCGGGAGAUCUUAUCUCAGCAGCAGUUCUGUUUAUCAUCCUCCAGUCAAAACCCUCUUCCUAGUUUUGGUCUUCCUGCUGUUGAUUCUAGGUUCGGCAGCUGUAGCAAUUCCUUUCUAUAUAAGGUACAGGAAGAGAGCUGCCACAGGAGCAAUUUAUGAGGAUGUGGAGCGCAAAAAGGGUGAUGAUGAUUACGAGAUGUUGGGUCGUGCUCAAAGGGAGGGUGAGUAUGACACCCUGCACCCAGAGGCACCGGGCAGACAGAAGAGAGAGGGUGAAUAUGAAGCACUGAAGAAAGAGGAAAUGGAAGAGGGGGUGUACCACACUGUGCAAAUGCAGGCGGCAAGUGGAGGAGGGGGAGAGUAUGAACAGUUGCAAAAAGAGGGAAUGGAAGAGGGGCAAUACCAAUCCCUGAACAUGGAGGGUGCAAUCGGAGGAGGGAGUGGAAGGACAUGAAGCAUCAGGGAAGAGUGACAAAGACAGAGAAAAUGAGACGGAGGAGGAAAAGUAAAUAAUUAUUAAGUUAUAAAAAGGGAAAAAAGGGUCAAAGAUCAAUUUCUUGGCAACCAGCAAGGUCCGGAGAUGUCAGUUUUGAAAUAUAUAUAACAAACAAUACAGAAAGAAAAGUUAUCUAUCAUCACAAUUAAAAAAAUGAAGACAGCAUAUGUUUGUUAGUUUCAUAGUAUAACAAUUAGCAAUUGGAAAUAAUUAUACCAUAAUGCCAAUUCUAUGCACUCAAGCUUUCAGGCAAACUUGAUCUGUUAAAUGCUUUUUCUGCCCCUUGAUAUUUAUCAUACAAAUACUUUCACUGACUGCAGUACACAUAUGGUCAGGCUUUGUUUCCGAGCCUUUUUUUGUACAGUACGAACAAUAACUUAAAUAAUGAGUGAUAUAUGAUUAGUAUAUAACACAUACAAUGAGUUCUAACUAUAUAAAGCUCUUACAGUGCUGAAAAAAGGCAAUGUAAAUUAAUCUUUAUGUAGCAAAUACUUAGUUAUUACUUACUUAUGUUUCUUUGUGAAUUCAAAUAGGCUACUGGUGUAAUAUUGUAUAAUUUCUACUUGUGUGCACAAUUUUUAAAGCAUUUAUGUAUGUAACCAGUUUUUAUGCUUUUUAGUGACAUGUCAGUUCAAUUUGCUGUAAAAAUGCAGUACUUUAAAAUAGAUAUAUUUUGUUUAAUUAUAUAUGCUAUAAUAAAUAUGUUUUAUUCAAUGUAGUUGUUUUUAUUUUAUAAAUCACUUUAUGUCAAUAUAUAAUAAUGUCAAGUACAUUCACAAGCUAUCUUUCUUAAUGUUUGUGGAGCACAGAACAUGAUUAAAGCCAACUAAGCCAA